UUAACUUGAACAAGGAUGUGUAUUGUUUAUACGGAUGUUAUAAAUUAGUUUAGUAGUUCAUACAUCAUGGCCAGUCUUGUAUAUGUUCUAAUAUUUGUGAUAAUUUGUAAGUUCACUCAAUGUAAAGUAGAACUAACUGGAUUUGAUUUUGCAUAUGAAGGCGAGAAAUAUGUUUUAACAUGUCAUAUCGACACUACUGAGCGUAAUUAUGAAACAAAAUAUAACUGGUAUAGAAAUAAUGAACUGGUCGCCCGAACCGAUUCUUCCCCGGAAGAAUUAAACUGUAAAAUAUUUAAUAUUAGUCAACGUUCAAGAUAUGAAUUAAAUUGUAAACAACAUCAGCUGAUCAUUAAAUCUGUUGACCAGACUAAAGAUAGUGGCGUUCAGUGGAGUUGUAAACACCUUGGAUAUGAUACAGACCGGUUUCCAGAUUAUACCAGUACGUUUGUGGUAAAAACAGGCAUAUCAGUACCUGUUAAAAAUGUAUCUAUCAGCUUUAAAUCAACAAUCUAUCGACUUACCAACGACACAAUUCAAAUCAAAAAUGGUGAAGUUUUACGAAUAAGGUGUGAACCUAGUAAGGGCGCCUCGCCAGCACCAAACAUUCGUUUGUAUAAAAAUGAUGUUGAUAUACAACGUACAACAGGUUAUUACCUGGAGACAAAUUUAACCGUUACCAUGGAGAUGGAUGAGUCACAAUUAUACUGUAAAGCUAAUAACAGUAAACAAAAUGAAAGUUCAACAAUUAUAAAGUUACAAGUAUUAGAUUCGACAACAAUGUCACUACACGUGAAUAACGUCACUGACAAUGAAAUAAUUCUACAAUGUGAAGUAGAUGGUCAACCGAAUAACUACACAUUUUCACCAUGGAAGCAUUUCUUGGAUGGCGUAUUGAUACGAGAGGUCAACGGUUAUCUGGAGAAUGGGGAUACUUCUAUCUACUACCUCAACAUCUCAACUCAGUUAUAUAAAAACAGAGGAGUUUAUGUUUGUUCUGGAAAUUACAGUAGAAAUGGACAGAUGUAUAAUCAUACCACAAAUAUGACGAUUUGUUCAACUGCUUCAAUCGAGUUCUAUGUAACUGAUACUGAAACAAUGAACGAGACUGUCAGAGUGGGAUCUGAUUAUAAUAUAAGUAAAAUUUUUAUCACCGGAAGGAACAGUAACAUCACGUGGUUUAAAGGCAACAAUGGUCUAGAACGAUCCAGUCGUAUUGGUAUUAGAAGAUUAGAAGUUAAUAUUCCUCACGACUACAACCAAUCUGUGUUAAUACCAUACAGUCGAACAUUGAUAACAAUUACACAUGUACAGGUAUCUGAUGAAGGAUGGUAUCAAUGUUUUAUAUGUAACCAUGACGACUGUAGUAAUUCAUCCUUUCAUCUUUUAGUUGAAGACGAAGACCCGGUUAAGGAUACUGAUAAAGGUUCCCCUGACAACAAGAGACAAGAUAUGUUUGUGUUUUUUGGAGCUGGUGGUGGCGCUGGUUUGUUUUUCAUUAUUGUGGUGAUUAUUAUUGUUGUGUUUGUCAAAAGGCAUCGCCGUAAUCAAAAAGAAACGGUUCAGGGCGACCCGCCCCAACGUGAAAUGGAGAUUAUGGAGAAUGAUUUAUAUAUUAGUGGUGAUACACCGACACCCCAACAGAACAACGUGGAGGUGGUUUACACUCCCGUAAACAAGAUUACUCAACGAAGAGAUGCUUCCUCGAAACCAGAAAUGGAAAUAAUGGAGAAUGAUUUAUAUAUAAGCGCUGAUUAUGAUACGUCACAGAAUCAAAAUGGUGGAAAUGGAGUGGAGGCGAAACCAGAAAUGGAAAUAAUGGAGAAUGAUUUAUAUAUAAGCGCGGAUUAUGAUACGUCACAGAAUCAGACUGAUGGAAACGGAGUGAAGACGAAACCAGAAAUGGAAAUAAUGGAGAAUGAUUUGUAUAUAAGCGCUGAUUAUGAUACAUCAAAGAAUCAAAAUGGUGGAAACCAAGGCAUGAAGAAACCAAUAAAGAAAGCUUGUACCAAACUGACCAAGUGAAAUAAUAUUAGUCCGGAUGAAUUACCAAACAGAGACUGACUAUCAAGAUUUUCUGAAGUAAUUGCUUUGAUUGAGGUUAGAAAACAGAGGCUGGCUAUUUAUUAAAAGAACGGCUUUGAUUGAGGUUACAAUAAACUGUUGAAUGGCGUUGAACUCUAUAGUUAUUGCACGAUAAAAUUUUAAUUUCUCUAUACGAACUAUUUUUAAUGUCAACGGUUGAAUACAAUAUAAGUAUAUCUUAAAUUGUUUUUUAACUGGCGAUCUAAAGAUUUUAAAGGUACACGGACACCUACUUUUAUCUAAAUAAAUACUUUUGUUACAGUGUAUCUUUGUAUAUAUUUUAUUACUAUUUAAUUUUAGUCAAAAGUAGCAAUCGACCAAUGUCCGAAUUGAUAUCUCGCUAAUCUUUUAUGUCUUAAUGUAACGAUAUAUAUUACUUAAUUAUAGUUAACACGGGUUCUGGCUAUUGUCCAUAUCAUCUUCUGUAUUUAAACAUCUGGGACCUGUUUCACGAAAUCUUAACUAAAGAUAAAAUCCAAAUUUUAGUAGAUACUACAAUUUUGAUUGGCUAAGCACUAAAAUCAACCCAAUGUUAUCCAAUCAAAUUACUAAAAUUUGGAUUUUAUCUUAGUUAAAAUUUCGUGAAACAGGACCCUGGUUCUUAUGUACAAUUUAACAUCUUAUCAAAUAUUAUUAUAUAAUUAUUUUAAUCGUAAGCUUGUAUAUAUGUUCUAUAUUCUACUGUAACUUUAGUCUGGUGACCGGCUCGCCCUAGCGUUAUUGUGAUCUUUAACCAGUUAUGGACACUCGUUUAUUAAAAGUCGUUAGUGUUGGAAUAAGCUACAAACCCCAGAAAACAGCACUUUCAUUAUUUAUGUUUAUGUUAUUUGGAGAAGGGGUGGAUAAAUUUAUUUGUUUAUUUCAUAUUUGAGGGGAGUACUAGUUGGGGGUGUGGGGUGUAAUGUUUUACCUUAUUUUUAGAAUAUGUUUCAGGCUGAUUAUUUAUUACCCAUGCUGUAUAUUUUAAUAUUUAAUAUUUAUCUUGUUGUUUAUUAUAUCUUUUUUUAUUGUAGAUUUUAUUUUAUAUAUUCUUUCCUAAAUUAUGAAUUUCAACUCAAACCUCCAUCUUUUAUCAUUAGAGGUUUAUUUUAUUGAAAUGUUCUCUAAAUGUACAAGUUCCUUGUAAAAUAGGGGUUUUGAUUAAAUAUAAUUUUAGGGUUUUCUGUUUGAUGAGUGGGGCGAUUUAUCAAUUUUUGUAUAAUAUUUUUUUUAAAUAAAGAAUUGCUUA